AUGGUGUACAAGGCGAAAUUAUCCUCCGGGGACGUGGUAGCGGUGAAAAGAGCCAAGGCGGACCGGAAGCAGGAUGCAGGGAAAUUCCGAAAGGAGAUUGAGCUGCUGUCUCGGGUCAGCCAUAAGAACCUGGUGCGACUGGUGGGGUACUGCAGGGAGGGAGGCGAGCAGCUGCUGGUGUAUGAGUAUGUGGCGGGAGGGAAUCUGUCGCAGAACCUUAACCCGACGUGGAGAGAACGCCACAGCCGUCCGCCACUCAACUGGACAGAAAGACUCCUCAUAGCAGCAGGCACGGCGAGAGGCCUAGCAUACCUGCACGAGGAGAUCAACGUGCCGUUCAUCCACCGGGACGUGAAGCCCAGCAACAUCAUGAUCGACCGCCACGUGGUGGCUAAGAUCGCUGAUUUCGGCACGACCAAGCCCAUGACUCCGGAAGAGCUGAGGAAGAUGUCAGUCACCAUCCAAGGCACCGCUCCCAGCAACAUCAUGAUCGACCGGCACGUGGUGGCCAAGGUUGCUGACUUUGGCACGUCCAAGCCCAUGACGCCUGAGGAGCUGCGGAAGAUGUCAGUCACCAUCCAAGGCACCGCUGUGAGUGCUCUUGGGAGUGCUUGUUGUGAGUGCUCACGGGUAGUUGAGUGGCGAGUGAGUCCAGUUCCACUUGCUGACUUUGGCACGUCCAAGCCAAUGACGCCUGAGGGGCUGCAGAAGAUGUCAGUAACCAUCCAAGGCACCGCUGUGAGUGCUCUUGGGAGUGCUUGUUGUGAGUGCUCACGGGUAGUUGAGUGGCGAGUGAGUCCAGUUCCACUUGCUGACUUUGGCACGUCCAAGCCCAUGACGCCCGAGGAGCUGCGGAAGAUGUCAGUCACCAUCCAAGGCACCGCUGGCUACUGUGACCCGGACUAUCUGCGCACGGGGCACUCCUCGAAGCGCAUCGACGUGUACUCGCUGGGCAUCGUGCUACUUGAACUGCUCACCGGCAAGGGGCCGCACAAAGUCAACCGCCCCUACCGAUUCGAUGUGAAGGAUCGGUUUGACAGAGGGGGAUUACCAUCCAUAGUGGACCCAACCAUGGGCCUUUACCCUGCAGACGAGCUUCACCACGUCUUCGACCUCGCCCUUCGCUGCACCGACAUCCAGAACCCUGCCGCCCGCCCCUCUAUGUCCCGAGUUGUGGCUGAGCUAGAGGCUGUUCUUGAGCCGGAGGCGAUUUCCCGCUUCAUUUCCUCCGGACCGCCGUCUCACGAUUCGGCAGACUUCCGUACCGCGCCGUCAGGCUCGGGAGCUGGCCCGGGUGGGGCGGGGCUGACGCGGUUUGCCGGAGCUGGGAAGCAGGUGGGGCUGGGUGGUGGAGAAGGGGGGGCAGGUUUGGCGGCGGCAGGCUCGGGGGUGGAAGGUUUGGCAGUGGGAGGUACCGCAGGUGCAGCAUUGGCUGCAGCAAUCAGCUCUGCCUCUCCUUCUCGUUCUGACGCUGGUGAUUCUCCUCUCACCCCAGACCCCCCUAUCCCUCCUAACCGCUCUCAACCGCAACCCACCCCUGCUUCUUAUGCGCCUUUUCCUCCUCCAUCCUCGAAAAGAACACCGGGACCCCCAGCAUACAAGGGCAGAGCAGCAGGGGUAGCAGCAGCAGGUGCUGCUGAGGCCACUGGUGGGGAUAUCCGGGGUAUGAGGGAUAGAGAGCUUGAUGGUGCUUGUGUUCCAACAGGUCAAAAUGAUCCAAGAAGCACUGGGGGAACUUAUGUUGUGAGUCACGACGUAGGCGUGCAGAUGAAACCUGCACCAGUUGCCGCCUUCCGAGGGGCGUCGGCAGCUGCUGGGGGAGGCGCAACUGGAGCAGGUGUCAUUGUAGCAGGCGCAAGCGGUGGGAAUGCAGGUGGAAUUGGUGGUGGCGGUGGUGUUGCUGCUCCUAAUCAAGAAUACAGAGCAGGAGAGGGAUUUGGUGAGGGAGAAGGUGGAGGUGAGAGGGGUGAGGGGGGAUAUGAGGAGGGCUUGGAUGCGUCGUUUGAUUCUAGCGGAUUUGAUCGUAGCGGGGUGUUUAGUUAUGGGGCCAUGCCCCCGGCUUAG